GAACCUGCACUGGCAUGGCAUUUACUCAGGUGCAUCCAAGGAAUAGUUUUUAUCUAAGGGACUGACUUCUACAGCACACGAUCAGGAUACACAAUGGAGGCGAUACCACUCAGUCUCUUCAUGAUGCUGUGCUUGGUCUUCCACCGCUCAUCUUCAGAAAUUCUACAGCGACAAAAAAGAAACUGGAUCAUUGAUUCCUUUGCCAUCGAUGAGGGCUAUGAAGGAAGCUUCCCAUAUACACUGGGCAAAAUUAAAGUUGAGAAGGACCUCACCCUUUUCGAGAUAAAAGGUCAAGGUGUUGAUGAGGACCCCAAAGGUAUAUUACAAAUCAACAGAAACACCGGGGAGAUUACUGUCCACGGCCCUGUGGACUAUGAGAAGUUCAAAGUUUUAAAGCUAGUCUUUCUGGCCUUUGAUAAAGAGAACCACGUAUUAGACACAAAGCUGGGCGUUGAGAUCCAGAUUCUGGACUCAAAUGACAACACUCCACAGUUUGCCUUUGAAAGGUACGAGGUCAGCACAAAAGAAUCUACAGCACAAGGCACUGAUCUUGUUAUCAUUGGGGCAAGCGACGCUGACACCAAUGAGAACAACGGAAAAUUUGAUUUCAGAAUAGUCUCAGUCACUCCCAAACCCUAUGAGCUGGAUUUCUACUUAAACCAAAACCCUGGUACACGAACUGGAACCAUCUCAUUUAAAGGGUGUCUGGACCAUGAGAGAGCAGAGAAAUACACCAUUGUAGUGGAGGCCAAAGACCGCGGGGAAAAAAAACAGCUCUCCAGCUCCUGCACUGUCACAAUCAACAUAGAAGAUGGAAACAAUCACCUUCCUGUGAUCACAGGACAAACAGGUCCCGGGAAAGUGAAAGAAGGAGAGGAAAAUGUUCUCGUUUCACGUCUGCAACUUACAGACAAGGACUCCAAAGGUACAGCGGCCUGGAGAGCGAAAUAUCAAAUCCAAGGAGACACAAGCAACAACUUCAGAAUCACUACUGAUCCUGAGACAAACGAGGGACUACUGUAUGUGGCAAAGGCCCUGGACUAUGAAGAAAAUCCUCAGAAGAACAUAACUAUCAGUGUAGAGAAUGAGAUCGCUUAUCACUCGUGCAAAGUGGUGAGUCGCACAACCACUGGCCUUUGGGAAGUAGUCACUACUAGCGGCUCCACUUUUGGUGGUACAAGUGUGGCAGAGACAAUCGGUCAGUCCACCUACCGAAUGACAGUGGCUGUGGAGGAUGUCAACGAUCCUCCAAUCUUCGAUAAACCUAACAAACAAGUUCAACUGGGUGAGAAUACUAAGGCGGGACAGUAUCUGGAGACAUUUACAGCCACAGACCGUGACGUCACUAGUUCAAACACAUUUGUAUACAGCAAAGGAGACGAUCCUGCUGGCUGGAUCACAGUGGACCCCGUGACAGGAAAAAUAACCACAUCAAAGAGCUUGGAUCGAGAGUCCCCCUUUGUGAAAAAUAGUAUCUACAACGUCACAAUAUAUGCUGUUGACAAUGGCAAACCUCCAAUGACAGGCACCGCCACCCUAAACAUCCAUAUUACUGAUGAGAAUGACAAUACUCCAACCCUGAGUGUCAGCACAAUUGACAUGUGCCAGUCUCAUGGAGCCUCUGUGGCCAACAUCACAGUCAUCGACUUGGAUGAAGAUCCCUAUGGUGGACCUUUCCAGUUCAAGCUCCACGGAGACAUUGAGGGCAAGUGGAGGGUUGACCCUGCUCAAGGGUACUCACUCAACCUGGUGAAAGAGAACACAGUUCAUUCUGGACAAUUUAAGCUGCUGCUGGAAGUGUUUGACCGUCAGCACACGAGCGCUUUCCACAACUUGUCAGUUACUGUGUGUACCUGCUCAGACACAGCGACGCCAAACUGUCGCUCCUCCAGAGCUACGAGCUCCACAGUAGGAGGCGGAGUACUUGGGAUCAUCUUCUUCACCAUGCUGCUGCUCGCAGGUAUGCUGCUUUUGGUUUUUCUGGUCUCAUGUAACAGAGACAAAAUACCACUGCCGGAUGACGUUUCAGGACAUAUAAUCAACUCUAACAUUGAGAAACCAGGAAGUGAUUGCAAAGUGGCUUAUGAGCUAUUAAACCAACAAGUGAAAGUGGAAACAGAUUCUCAAGUUCCAAGGAGGCUGAAGCAAUCAGCCAAUGAUAGAACAACAGUGGCAGUGUCAGAAGCCAAUGCAGGGUACAGCACAUCCCAAACCAACCAAUGGCGAAGUAACUAUUUGCAAUGGAUGACAACAACAGAUGAAGUGUCGCAAGGCCAGCAUAAAGACUUUAAAGAUGUGAACUCUAUGCAUGUGUCCGAGGAAGCAUCAUCAUUCCUGAGAAUGACAGAUGGGUACAGAAACUCUGUGCGCUGGAAGAACAAUUGGAUGAGCAGCGGUAAACAUUCUGCAGACAUUAAGAUUGACAUCCACCGUGAGAUUCUGUUCAAAGCACUAACUAUGAUGUUAUGCAAUCUCCAGGCGGCAGGAGAGGAGCUGGGUGAUUAUGCUCCUCACGUGUAUGCUGAGGAAGGGGACACAGAGACCAGCUACGAGCUUGAUGCCAUCUCCAUCCCCGACAUUUCCUUUGACCCAAACUUCGAGUCGGACCCGACUUUCAAGUUCAACACUCUGGCCUCAAUCUGCAUGUCUCAUAAAAGCACUGCCUACAGUACCUCCAUAGAAACCUCCCAUGUGACAGCAACGACUCUGAUCCAGGCAGAAAACUGGAAAACAAGCACCAUCACUGAAUCACAUUUCUAAAAUAUGUGUUAUGUUUUUGAUUAACUUCUAAAUUUUAUGUGUCACUUGGAUUCAGUAUAAAAAGGCAUUUUUUCCCCAUGAUUUUUCUGAUGACUCACGGCAAGUCAUGUGAAUUUAGCAACACUUGAAGGAUUCGUUAAUCUUCUCUAGAUUCUGUAUCCGUCAGUGACGACAGGGAAAAUGAACGUGUGAGAAAAUGUGAAAAUUAGAGCUUAGCUACAAGCAGGCGCACAUUGCCACAGCUCAUUAGUCAUAUUGAACAAACCCUCCCCUCUGCUUUGUCAAAGAUGUAAAACCAUACCUGUCAACCUGAAAAUAAGGGAAAUUUUCCAUCGUCCUACCCUGGGCCUCCCAGCCAUCUGUACCGCUGUCCACAUAUCCUUUACAUUUAGACAAGGGGACACACAGUCAAUCCUAAAAUCAGUACAGGGCAACCUGCUUUAAAAUAUCAGAGCAACAAGGUUUAGGUUAACUAGUUCCUACUUUAUGUAAAUGACUACAGUCAGGUGGUCAGAAUCAGAUAUCUGGUUGAAAGUGACACGCUGUGAACACUCCUGCCUUGUAUAAACGAACACAGAAAUUCAGUACUUAGUUUAAAUAUCUAUUGCUUACAAGAGAAUGCCAAGAAAAACAGGAGGGCUGACAUGUAUGGUAAGACUGAAGAAGAAAAACUGGUAGAUUUAUUUUGGGAUUAACCAGUGUUUACAUUUUUUAAGAUAUUUUUUGCAUGUUUCUAUUGCCGUUGUUCCUAAAUGGUGGGAUUUUGUGACAACCAUACAUUAUUAUUGCAAUAUACUACUCGUGUGAAGCUUAAGUCUUGUCUGUGGAGUCUGUGUCAGGAGGAGGAAUAAGCCAGUGGAUGCGUGUGUUUCCCAGUCGGAGUUUCUCCAGGGGUUGCUGGUUCUGGCAGAGCUUUGUCGGGAACCACAGAGCAGACUUUUGAAUUGUCUUUCUUUGAGUGGUUGUGAACUGGAUUAGACUUCACUGUUUUGGGGUUGUGGGAAAACAAACUCUUCAAUCUCUGGGACCGUGGAACAUGUCUUAUUUAACAGUGCGUGUGCGCACACACACUUUUGUGUCUCUACUUCUCUCAUUUUUAAUUUUGUGAUCUGUCUGGUUUAUAUUGGGUGUGUUGCUGUUUUGAUGUCAUUUUGUUAAUAAGUAUUAAUAAGUAUAAGUCAAGUUAUGUGGCAUUAGUAAAUGAAAACAAAUGUUUACAGAGUGCCUUGAGAUUUGCCUUUAGUUUGAAAAGCACUGUCAUAUUGUAUUCAGCAGGAAUACCUUUCUUGACUCAGAAUUUUUCAAUGUUUAGUCUUUCUUCUCUCAUAAAAGCAAUGUUGAUGGUGGAUAAGGAAUUAGCCAAUGAUUUCAAUUACACACACAGGAAAACUCUUGGGCAUCUCUAUUGCAAUACUUGACAAAUCGCAUCCAUAGGUUAUCAUUCAUGGCUUUUUGAUGACCACUGUGUGUUUAAAGCCAAGUUCUCAGGUCAGGAUAGUUUCUCAAGGAUGACAGAGUUGUGUUCCUUCACCAUUACAAGACAGAGGACUGCAUCCUCUAGAGGUUACAAAGAGUUAAGAAAGCUCACACAGAAAAAACUUGAUAUGAAUGUUGUUGUGCUGAUUUUAUCUGUAAUAAACAGCAGCAAGCACGUAAGAGAAAGGAGAAAACAGGUCUCAUACAGCAACCUGACUGGAAAUAUGGUGGCUAUCACACAUCUGUCUCUGUUUAAAUUCGAUUUGUUUAGCCUUUGAGUUCAUGCAAACAUCCAUGUACAAUGUCCAUGCCAUUAAAUUGUAUUGCAUUGUAUGAAAAACACAUAACAGGACUUAGCAAACAGACUUCAAUCAGGUUCCUGUAGGGACCUUUUACCAUGACUUUUCAUCCACAAAUGUUACUAGACCUAUUUUCAAGUACAACAAGUGUCAGAUGUCCUCACCACUAAAAAUCAAUAAAAUUCAGCAACAA